GUGAAAUUUUGUAGGAAAAAAUUAGCAUUUGAGGUCGAGACAAAACCCAAAUUCAACGGCUACAAUCUCGUUUUCUCUGCGCUCACCAGAAUCAUAAGACCGACGACAAGAUCGGACCAAAUUGAGACCCACAUUUCUAUUUUCGGUAACCAUUUUUACAGAAUCUGAAAUAUUCAUCGUCAAUCCAUCCUCUUGGUCAAUAUAAGAUCAGCGAUUUUUUCAAAUCGGCUUUUGAUUCUUUCCAAAUCAGGUAAGAAUCCACAGAGUUGGAAAAAGGUUUCCUCAUUCAGAAACACCCUCAAAAUUUCACUAUCCCCCAUUGUUUCCCUAAUCCUCUCUGUUUUCCUCGAUUUUCACUGUUGAAUCUAUAAUAUUUACUCCAAUCGUUUCAAGAUUCAAAGCUCCAAUUUCGAGCUAUUGGAAAAGAGCCCUUUGAUUUGAGGUUAUCCAUUGGGGUCUUUUUGUCGAAAGGGCAUUAGGGUUUUGCUCUUUUGUGUUUCUGAAUACAGAAAUUGACAAUCAUCGUUUACCUAAACUUUUUUUUUUUUGUUUUUUUCAUUCAUUUUUUCUUGUAUAUAUAUUGUGUAUUACGUAUCGAUCGUUUGGAGAUCUGAAAAUCAUCGAACUCCAUUUUGAUUGUGUAAAUAUUAUAUGUUAAAUAUUAUUGAUUAAAAUUAUUAAAAAAAAAAAAGAUAGAAAGAAGGUAGAAGCGGGUGAAAUUCAUACAAUGUCAGUUGCUGACGUUGCUUUGAGUCCAAUUCACAAAAGAUCCGGCUCCGUUUGUUCCCGGAGCAGUGAAUCCAUCGUGAUUUACUUGACAGUUGCAGGUUCUGUGAUUCCGAUGCGAAUUAUGGAAUCCGAUUCCAUUGCCACAGUCAAACUAAGGAUUCAAACAUGUAAAGGGUUUAUAGUGAAGAAACAGAAGCUAGUUUUUGGAGGGAGAGAAUUAUCAAGAAACAAUUCUCUCCUGAAAGAUUACGGUGUUUCUAGCGGUGAUGUUCUUCAUCUGAUUCUUAGGGUUUCUAAUCUUCUUGUGAUAACGGUUGAAACCGCUGUUGGGAAAGCAUUCGAGUUUGAGGUUGAUAGAUUUAGAAACGUGAAGUACUUGAAACAACUUGUGGAAGAAAAAGCUAAAGAAAUUGGAUUCAUUAAUGGCGAAGAUCUGAAGAUUCUUUGUAACGGUGAGAAGCUCGAUGAUCACAAGCUGAUUGAUGAUAUCUGUAAGAAUCACGAUGCUGUGAUUCAUUUAGUUGUUCAAAAAUCAUCUUCACCCGAAAGAAAUCACGAGAAAGACGAGCAGAAAACGAAUCCCAAGAAACCACCAGAUAUUGAUUCUCCAUUACAACCAAUUACCGUGAAUCCCGAUUCAAAAUUAUCCCCCGAUAUAUCUAAUAUGAUAGAUUCAGCAACCGAAGGACUUCAGAAAGGGAAAAAACCGAUCAGAUCAUCAGAAGGCACAGGAGGGACUUACUUUAUGCAACAUCCAUCCGGGAACAGAUACGUCGCUGUUUUCAAGCCGAUAGAUGAAGAACCAAUGGCGAUUAAUAACCCUCAAGGGCUACCUGUGACCUCCAAUGGUGAAGGGUUGAAAAGUGGCACGAAAGUUGGUGAAGGCGCUUUGCGGGAGGUGGCGGCAUACAUACUGGACCACCACCCGAGGAGGAGCGGUUUUGCCGGUGUACCUCCGACAGUGAUGGCAAAGUGCUUAAACGGAGAAUUUAAUCAUCCGGAGGGUUAUGAUGGUGGAGCGAAAAACAUUAAGGUUGGAUCUUUACAAAUGUUUAUGAAAAAUUGUGGAAGUUGUGAGGAUAUGGGUCCUCGGGAUUUUCCGGUGGAGGAGGUUCAUAAGAUUGCAGUGUUUGAUAUAAGAACCGCUAAUGCCGAUAGACAUGCGGGAAACAUUUUAUUGAACCGUGAAGGUGACCGUGUUGUUCUUAUCCCUAUUGAUCAUGGCUACUGCUUACCCGAAAACUUUGAAGAUUGCACGUUUGAUUGGCUCUAUUGGCCACAAGCGCGGGAAGCGUUCUCAAAUGAAACCCUAGACUACAUAAAAUCACUAGAUGCGGAGCAAGAUCUAGCCCUCUUGAGCUCAAAUGGGUGGGACCUAUCACGCGAGUGUGCACGCACCCUACGCAUCUCCACCAUGCUUCUGAAAGAAGGUGCAGCUAGAGGAUUGUGUCCUUACGCGAUAGGGCGUAUUCUAUGUAGAGAAACACUAAACAAGGAAUCCGUAAUUGAGAAAAUUGUUCAGAAAGCUCACAAGAUGACAUUCCCUGGAACAAACGAAGCCGACUUCCUUAAAACCGUUUGGAACCUUCUGGAUUUUGAGCUGAAUAAGGUUUCAGAGAUGUUUAUGUGAGGUCUUAAGGGGUUUGUGUAGUUUGUAUAUGUAUAUUAUUAUGUACACGAUGUAAAGGUGUGGAUGACUAACUUUGUCGUCCAAGAGUGAUGACAUUUUUAACAAGUAUCAACGCUAUCUAAAUACAGAAUUCUAAGGUUAUAUAAAUAAACUUUUCGCUUUUAGAUUAA